GACGUCACCGGGCUGCGCUGCGUUCCUGCAUCUGUUGUGAUUCGGAUGAGAAAGGACAAAGUGUCAAAACACACAGAAAAACUCCUUCUGAAGCAGCUGAGAUCCACGUGACACACUAUUAUUAAGAUGGCGUUUAUUAAAGAGGAGAGUGCAGACAUGAGGAUUGAAGAAGCAUUCAGAGUUAAACAUGAAGAUACCGAGGAAUUCAGAGUCAAACAUGAAGAUACUGAGGAACAAACAGACACGAUGCCACCAAAAGAGGAGCGACAAGAACUGAAUGAAAUGGAAGAGAAGGAUCAGAAUGAGGAACUUCAUGAUUUCAUAACUGGAAAAAAAUCUGUAAAGACUGAAAAAAUGUCCUCACGAAAAAGAGCCCAGAAGACCAAAUCUAACACCUGCCAUCAGUGUGGAAAGUGUUUCAGUGAGAAAAAAAACCUUAAUGACCACAUGAGAGUUCACACUGGAGAAAAGCCUUUCACCUGCCCUCAGUGUGGAAAGAGUUUCAGUCUCACAGGAAACCUUAAAAUCCACAUGAGAAUUCACACUGGAGAGAAGCCUUUCACCUGCCCUCACUGUGGAAAAAGUUUCAGUCACACAGGAAACCUUACAAGCCACAUGAGAAUUCACACUGGAGAGAAACCUUAUGCAUGCCAACAGUGUGGAAAGUGUUUCAGUGGGAAAAAAAUCCUUAACGACCACGUGAGAAUUCACACUGGAGAGAAACCUUACACAUGCCAACAGUGUGGAAAGGGUUUCAAUGGGAAAAAAAUCCUUAAAGACCACAUGAGAAUUCACACUGGAGAGCAACCCUACAUAUGCCAACAGUGUGGAAAGUGUUUCAGUCAAAAAGCGAACCUUAUAAGCCACAUGAGAAUUCACUCUGGAGAGAAGCCUUACACCUGCAAACAGUGUGGAAAAUGUUUCACUAAAAAGUGGAACAUCAUAAAACACAUGAGAAUUCACACUGGAGAGAAGCCUUACACAUGCUCUCAGUGUGGAAAGUGUUUCAGACAUAAACCAUCCUUUGAUUCCCACAUGAGAAUUCAUACUGGAGAAAACCCUCACACGUGCAAAUUGUGUGGGAAGAGCUUUACACGAAAAGGAUCUCUUAAGACUCACAUGGUCAUUCACACUGGAGAGAAGCCGUUCACAUGUGAUCAGUGUGGAAAGAGUUUCGGACGAAAAGUAACCCUUAAUCAACAUGUGAAGAUUCACUUUAAGAGAAGUGUUUUAGAUGUUGUCAGUAUGGAAUGAGUUUCACAGACAGGAAAAACCUUAAGAAUCAUGAAAUAACUGGAGAGAAGUGUGCCAUCACUACCUACGUUUUCCCAAAUAAUCCAAUAAUAAUCUGAAAAGCUGUCAUGUUAACACCUCAAUCAGUCUGAUUGAGCUUGAUUCAAAUGAAAUUUCGAUCUGAUAGAAGGGGACCUGAAAUAAUUAAAUCAGUACAGAGCACAAUGUCUCGGGUUAUGCGUGUAACUAUGGUUCCCCAAGAGGGAACGAGACGCUGUGUCCUCUAGCGGACACUAUGGGGAAUGCUUGACCGUUGUCUGAAGCACAUGUGCAAAAACUCCAAUUCUAUUGGUCCACAUGGCCCGUGACAUCACAGGUGGGUGCCCGGAAGUAUAAAGGGGCACCUGCUGAAUACUUCACCAACUAGUUGUCUGAAGGAGAUGUAAACAGGCAGGCCAAAGGCAUGGUGAGGGGACGCAGCGUCUCAUUCCCUUUCGUGGAACCAUGGUUACAUGCGUAACCUGAGACGUUCCCCUUAUAGGGGAAAUGAACAAAAUGCCAACUAUGCCAUGCCGAGGCGCAUACCUGUUCACCUGGCGAGAGACCAAAGAAGUCACAGAC